AUGAACAGUGUUGCGCCACAUCUGGCGCAACACUGUUCAUGCGUGUCACUAGGUCUUGGUGUUUUGGUUCUAUCAUCCUUCAUCAUCUUUUACAUCAAAAGAUCACACAAUCAAGACCCAGAAAGCAAUGAAGAUAUUGACAAAGUUGUACUCGGCCAUGGAUCCCUGGCCCCAAAGAGAUAUGGCUACAAAGAAAUCAAGAAAAUAACGAAAUCCUUCUCGGAUAAGCUAGGGCAAGGUGGAUAUGGCACUGUGUACAAAGGAAAACUACCCGAUGGCCAGCUUGUUGCGGUUAAGGUUUUGACUGAAACUGGCGAUAAUGCCCAAGAUUUCAUCAGCGAAGUUUCCAGCAUCAGUAAAACUUCCCACGUCAAUAUAGUAAAUCUGUUGGGAUUUUGUUACAAAAGAAACAAAAGAGCUUUGGUGUACGAAUUCAUGCCCAACAAAUCAUUGGAUAACUUCAUCUCCAACAACGCAUCACCAGUCGUGGAGUGGGAAAAGCUAUUUGAAAUUGCACUUGGGGUUGGCCGAGGACUUGAGUAUCUACACAGAGGUUGUAAUACCAGGAUUGUUCACUUCGACAUCAAGCCUCAAAACAUUUUACUAGAUGAGGAACUUUCUCCGAAAAUAUCUGAUUUCGGGAUCGCAAAUUUGUUCAAGAAAAAGCAGAGUAUAAAAUCGAAAUUGGGACCAGAGGGACUGUUGGGUACAUUGCUCCAGAAGUAUUCUCUAGAAGUUUUGGAGUCGUUUCCCAUAAAUCAGAUGUCUACAGUUAUGGAAUGA